CUGUAGCGAUGGGGAAUGUUGCUGCAACAUAGUCGGGUGUGUGUGUGUGAAUCAGCUUUAUUUGUAGAGAGGAGUGGCAAGAAAGCAGCACGCUUUGCUGAUCGUUUCCUACCGCUUGUAUUUGCAGGUCUGAUCCGUAAGACUUUCUACAGAAGUGAAAUGUGCUCCGGACUCGUAGAAAAUUAUGAGGCUGCCAUGGUCCUCAGUGGAUCUGGUGAUGCUCUGGGUUACAAGGAUGGAAGGUGGGAGUUUUCUAGGAGCGGCACUCAAAUUCAUGAGGAACUGGCUGAGCUAGGAGGUUUAAAAAACAUUGAUGUAAAAAACUGGAUGGUGAGUGAUGACACUGUGAUGCACAUUGCCACAGCAGAAGCAUUGGUGGCAGCAGGCAAAGACACGACUCCUGCCAAGCUAUACCCACUGAUAGCAAAGGAGUAUAAGGAAUGCAUGAAAGACAUGGACGGCAGAGCUCCAGGUUCAACCUGCAUGAGCGGUGCUGAGAUGUUAAAGCCCGAUGUCCCAAAUGGCUGGAAAAUUCCGUUUAAUAAAGCUGGAGGUGGAUGUGGUGCAGCCAUGCGUGCAAUGUGUAUUGGACUGAGAUUUCGUCAUCCAGAACAACUCGACGACUUGAUCCGGGUCAGCAUAGAAAGUGGCAGGAUGACCCAUCAUCACCCUACGGGAUAUCUUGGUUCACUGGCGGCCGCACUCUUCACCUCCUAUGCUGUAAACCGCAAGCCACCGCAUGAGUGGGGCAAAGCAUUGCUAGAUGUCCUCACUAAAGCAAAGGAAUAUAUCAGUGCUGCCGGUCAUGAAGUUAAACCAAAUUUGAAAUCAUGGUCCUAUUUUGAAGGUCAUUGGCAGAAAUACCUUGAAGAAAGGGGUAUUUCAGAUGGAACAUCCCAGCCAACAUUCCCAGAGAAGUACGAUGUAAAAGAACGAGAUGAAUUUUAUACUUCACACAGCUAUGGUGGGUGGGCUGGAAGCGCUGGUCAUGAUGCCCCCUUGAUUGCUUACGAUGCCAUCCUUGGUUCUGGAGACAACUGGACAGAACUUUCUCAUCGGGCUUUUUUUCAUGGUGGGGAUAGUGAUUCUACAGCUGCCAUUGCUGGUGCCUGGUGGGGAGCUAUGUAUGGAUUCAAGGACGUCCCCAAAGCCAACUACAAGAAUUUGGAAUACAGGGAUAGGCUCGAAAAGCUUGGUAGAGAUCUGUACCAGCUCACAUUGUAGUGGGAACAUCAAAUCUAGAUUCUGGGUACAGGGUGAACAUGACUUCUUUCCUAUGCUGGCAGGGAUACUUCUGAUAAUACGCAUAUUUAGGCCUCCUUUACACUUGCAGUCAGGGUAAGCCCCUCCCCCCCCCCUUUUUAAAGGAGUUGUAAAGGAAAAAAAUGUUUUUGCUGAAAUGACUGUUUACAGGGUAU